CGAUAUAUGAGCAUAACAGUAUUGGUAUACACUGUAUAGACCAAAGUUAAUAUUAUACCGUACCGAGAGGGAAGUGCGUCGAGACGCCCUUGCCGGAACGUUAAUUUAUUUUUCAGAGGGGCCCUCAUCCCGCGGUGGCGCUUGUCUUUUUUCGCGCGCUUUUUUUUUCUUUUUGCUCGACCGACGCGGAAAAGUUUGGCGUGCGAAAGUUUGGACGCUCUAUUCGGUUUCGUGCCGGCUCUAUGAACUUCUUAAGUGUUGAGGGGCUGAUGAUGUUUUUUUAGGAUAGAGUUUACUUACAUUCAUUUAGAAAAACACGAAUAGAAAAAAAAAAAAACUAGAACCACCUGCCUGCCAUCAGCCUACAUACAACUAACAAAAGAGCGCGUGGCCCAUAAGAUCCUACUUCAGAUUCUCUGAAGAGCACCACUCCGACUAAAGACCCACAAUGAGCCGUCAUAUCACAACUGUCGUCUUUAACAGCCCUUAAAAACUGUCAAGUGGUCAUCGACGUCGAAGCGAGCCUGAUUAGUUAAAGCACCCAAUAUAUAAUAGAAUGGUUCCACUUCGACUUUCCGAGAGUUUGUUUUGAAAUUAGUCGCUCGGUUUAAAGUAGAACAAGUGUUCUUGUGAUAAAAACAAAAAAAUAAUAAUGGAAGAAACUUGGGAUCAACACGUUUCACCUUUAAUGAUGGGUGUGACAAUGUCUGACCUUCAUCAUCACGAUCCCAUGACCGAUAUACAUCAGACGCAAGAUCUCAUGUCGCAUCCGGGUCCAAAUUUGGAAGGGUUAACUGAAAAUGCUGAGGAUUUGAGAGGACAUCAUGUCGUUGAACAUGGUAUGCGAGGACAUCCCGAAGCGGGACCUAGUGAUUAUUAUGGACACCAGUUACUGGUUUCGGGACAGCCAACGACAAACAGCGGCUCGUCACCAGCCUCAGGCGGUGGUUCGCUGAGUCCCGGAGGCUCGGCAGGACUUCCUGGAGCACUAUCGCCCGGCGGUACUUCAUCCACGGGACCGGCCCAAUGUUGUGAUAACGGCAGGCCGUUAGUGACCGAUCCGGUGACCGGCCAGAGUGUAUGUUCGUGUCAGUACGAUUCGGCCAGGCUAGCGGCGUUACAGUAUCCUAGAAGUGUUGGGAUGUACGGUACGCCUUAUCCUAGUACAGACCAGAAUCCUUAUCCGAGUAUAGGGGUUGAGAGUUCGGCGUUUUAUUCACCUUUGAGUAACCCAUACAGUUUAAAAGACGCUAGCGGAGCAGCUGAUAUGUCAGCAUGGACCAGUGCAGGGCUACAACCAACUACAGGGUAUUAUCCGUACGAUCCUGCGUUAGCUGCCUAUGGGUAUGGUGCUGGGUACGAUUUAGCAGCCCGUAGGAAAAAUGCGACUAGAGAAUCGACUGCCACCCUUAAAGCGUGGCUCAACGAACAUAAAAAGAACCCUUAUCCGACCAAAGGAGAGAAAAUUAUGCUUGCGAUUAUCACUAAGAUGACUUUAACACAGGUGUCGACGUGGUUCGCCAACGCCCGAAGACGAUUAAAAAAAGAAAACAAGAUGACCUGGGAGCCGAAAAAUAAAACAGACGACGACGACGAUGCUCUGGUCUCCGACAGCGACGACAAAGACAAAGAUGACGACGAUAAACGAGACGACACAGAUAUUCACGGCCGAAUAAAAUCAGAACGAUCAAAUAAGGAUUUGGACGACGACGAUAUGACGGACGAAGACAGAAAGGAUGAUAUAUUAGGGAACAACAUGCAUCACAUUCUCAGUAACGGUUACAGUUUGAAGUCAGAAAUUAAAGGUUCCGAUUGCGGGGUGCCUUUACCACCCUCCAAACCGAAAAUUUGGAGUUUGGCUGAUACUGCCGCUUGUAAGACACCUCCUCCGCCACCUCCCGCACAAGGAGGUCAAUGGUUGGGUUCUAAUGGUUUCGCUUUACCUAGCUCAAGGUAUAGUUCGAAUAGUGGUUUUCUACCGAGCCACUGCCAGCAAGGUUUCCCCGAUGUCCAGACUGACACGCCGCCUCAGACACCUCCCAACAUGAAACUGCCUACCAUUACCGGCAACGUACCUCCAGGACAAGGUGCGCCUUGCAUAGGAGCAUCGUCGAAUCAAUAUUCUCAAAAUUUCCUGGGUGGUUUUGGACGUAUCCACAGUCCUCAGCGGACGCAGCAAGGUGGUCAGCAACAGAUGAAUCAGGCUGGUGGUGUUGGAGAGAAUGCGGCGUUUAAACCUUUCUAUAAAAGUUCACAAAGUAUAAACGGCGGAUUCGUGUCACCGGUAUGAACAAGAUCAUAUAUUUUUCAAAGAAAUGAUCGAGCAAUAAGGGUCAAGUGCAAAACAAGAGCUAUACCGAACAUUGCGGCAGCAAGUUUAAAACUUGCCCUACUGCAAAGAAAAAAAAAAUGUACAUUAUUUUGUGUAAAAGGUGCAUUUUUAUUAGUAAUUUUAUCUGUGAUACUGAACAAAACCAAGACGGCGGUGGCAAUUUGGGAUCCUUUAUUUUACUGUCUUUAAAAGAAGAUUAUCGUGCAUUUUCUUCUAUAAAAGUAGAUCUAUAUGUUGAUAAAUGACCAGUUAAUUUGUACGUGUUUCAGAAAAUUUUGAUUGUCAAUAAUAAUGGAAAAAAUUCGUUAUUACAAAAAAAAAAAAAAAAACUAGUGUUGUACCUAUGUUACUGGGAUACAAAGAAUUGGGCGUGGAUUUUUGUGACGAAACAUAUCUUUCCUAUUUCAUAUCACAUCAUAUGGCAAUUUGAAGCUGUGAUAAAAUUAUUUUUUGAUCAAAAAAGCUACUAAAUUUCUUUGUGUAAAAAAUCUUUUGUAACAAAAAUUCUACGUCCAAAAUUAAACCUAAUAAUUGUUACUUCAAAGUUAUAUUUUGUGUCUUUUUAGCCAAUUUAUUGUU